AUGCCCCGCUCCUUCCUGGUGAAGAAGCCUUCCGGCACCCACAUCCCCAACUACGGCCAACUUGACACCGGUGCUCGUGAGCUCGACGGCUUGUGUGGCUGUGGGGAGCUGCUCCCCCCAGGUUGCCACCAGCCCCCUGUGCCCCCUGCUCCCCCACACCUGCAGGACCACAGCCGCCUCCUCGCCCACUUCUCUCUCCUGCUGCUCCCCGACGCCAAGGGUCCCCCCGUCGUGACGGGCACCCGGAGCCCAGGCACCCCCCUGAAGGACACCCAGACCCUCAACCUGCCCCCGCGGCAGGGGCUGCACCGGCGGAGCUUCAGUUGCCGGCACUGCGCCCGGGCAUACGCCAGCCUGGGCGCCCUGAAGAUGCACAUCCGCACCCACACCCUGCCCUGCCUCUGCCGCUUCUGCGGCAAAGCCUUCUCCCGGCCCUGGCUGCUCCAGGGCCACAUCCGCACCCACACAGGGGAGAAGCCCUUCGCCUGCCCCCACUGCAGCCGGGCCUUCGCCGACCGCUCCAACCUCCGCGCCCACCUCCAGACCCACUCAGACGUCAAGAAGUACCAGUGCCGCGCCUGUGCCAGGACCUUCUCCCGCAUGUCGCUGCUGGCCCGGCACGAGGAGGGGGCAUGCUGUGGGGCGUCCUGA